CGAUGCAGCAGCAGCAGCUGGGGCUGGGACUGGGACUGGGGCUGGGGCUGGGGCUGGAGAUGGAGCGGGGGCGGGGGCGGGGACGGCGAUGGGCGCAGGAGGAGUUGGAAGCGGAGAUGGAAGCUUGUUGGGGGCGACGCUGACGCUGACGGGAGAAGCGCGAGGGGUGGUGGUCGUGACGUUGGCGGUGAGGGGCUCUUGGGUCACGGGAGUGGUGGUCACGACAUCGAGAGACUUGGUGUCCGAGCCAUCUCGGACGACCACCGACUGGAUGCGAGAAGGCUCGGCAAUGUCCUCUUUAGAGACCCCGCACCCCAUUUCAUGCCUCUGUCAUCAGCUCACCCUGCUCCCAUCCCCGACGAUCGCCUCUACCACUGACACCCUCCUUCCAUCGCCAGCCGGGGAUGCCGAAACUGCAAGCACUGCACCGAUUCUCGACAGUUCGACAGUUCGACAAUUGCGCAAUUCGACAAUUCGACGAUUCGAAGGCAAAUCGCAGCUGGUCCGGCAAUAAGGGCGGGGCUCGGAAAUUCCACGAAGCGAGAUGGAACUGCGCGCGGCUCUUUAACCGCCCCACGAUCGAUUCUUUCCAUCGCGACGAGCUCCUCCAUAUCCUCGCGCUGGCUCGUGCAUCAGCACCGUAAACACUCAUGAUUCAAAUGUCGUUACAGGCGGAUGGAUGCCCGCCCCACGUGGCACGGCGCUCGGAUUUUCAUCCUCCCCUCCCCCCACACCAUCCUCCCAAAUUCCAGCUGCUUUCUCCCCGUGGGAAACGCCAUCGAUCUGGAUCCGGCCCUUCGGAACCAGCCGCUUCUGACCAGACAUCGCAGAGCAUUCGGGCCGAUCGAUUGAUUCCUCCAGGCAGUGUGAAUGCAGAUCGACCCCCCGAUGAAUCAAUCGAUCGCCGCCCAGCAGAGUGCGCAUCCGAACUGCCAGCCAGCUACUUCGGAUGAAGUACUCGACCGAUCGGACAGGCUUUCUGUUCGGCUGUGCGGAUUCGAGGUCGGAGUGCAUCCAGAGCAGAAUUCCCGGAGCCAGCGGUGUCUGCUGGGUUCACAGAAACACAGAAAUUGUGCGGCCCAUGUGAAUGCGUCGUGCCUGGCGAGCUAUCUUGCCCUCUCGAGAGAUCAGAAUGCGCCCCGAGCCGUUUCUGGUGGGAGGAGCUCGAGAGUGCCAGAGGCAGAGGAUGAGUGUGCUUCAUGCAUGGCACUAGCCUGCUGAUUGAUUGCUUGUCAGGAUUCGAGGGCAGAAUUCUUCUCGAACGAGCUUCGAAAAGUCAGCAGCUGCUUCUGGUCGGAAAAACGCUGGAGAGGAAAAGGAUCUCUGGGCUCGGCUCGAUUCAUGGGCUCGCUGUGCGCUCGGUAGCAGCUGAUGGGAAGGCCCGAAGGAUUUGCUGCCACCGGCAACGGAAUGAGCUAACGACCUGCCGUGGGCCUUGUUGCUGCAGAGGAUCUGUGCUGUCUGCUGGACCGGCGAUGCGAUGGGAUGCGAUCGGAUGAGAUGAGAUGAAAUGAGAUGAGACCCCUGGCAGUCGAGAAUUUGAGCGGAGGGCUUCUGGCCCGGGAAUAAUUUGCGUGGAGGGAGGGAGGGAGGGUUAGGACGAGGGUGCAGCCGGCGAUCAUGGCGAUGGCAGCAGCAGGAGCGAGAAUUCCCAGUUGUUGGGAGGCAGUGGGACGCGGCACGGAGGUCGGCCGAGCUCUGUUCGCCCUGUACAAUGGCUACGGAGUUGCGCGCAAUCGCGGAAACGAAUUCUCCGAUCGGAAUCGGUUGAAAAUCCUCCAACGACUUGCCAAUCUCAGUCUGGAAGAUAUUUGCGAGGCUGAAAACCGGGAGCUUCCUCCACCCAAGCCGAAGAAACCGAUUGUGAAGGUUCCUCACUUUCGUAAAGGGCCGAUGACAGUUGAUGACAUUCCGCAAGUUCUUUUGAUGCGAGGGAGGCGGAAAAGCUCCCAGAUUUUGAACAAACUCAAAGAGGACAUAGCAAAGCGAGAGCUCCCUCCGAUGCCCACAAAGCCCUUGCUCGAUGAGAAGGAGAAGCAACGACUUCAGUAUGUGUUCGAGUGGAGUGGACGAGAUUGUGGUUCGGAUGACGAGGAUGAGCCGGUGGUGCCUGCAAACCCACCUCCUCCUCGGGGUUCAGUGGAAGAACAAGAGAUGCUUAUGGAAGAAAUUGGGCAUGAGAUCGAGGAGAGGCGAGUGUUCUUAGACAGAAUGUAUGAGCUGGGAAGAGGACCGAAGUACGAGCCCAUAAUUCACGCAGAGAUUCAGGAGAGGAUACGCCAAAUGGAGCUGCUCGAUAAAACCAUCACGCUCAUGGACAAAGAGCGCUUGGAACGUCGUCGGCCCAAGUGCUCUGCCAGGUCUUCCGUCGUGUCCCGAGCCACGAGUAAGCAGAGCACGAGAUCCCAUUGUGACGAGUCCGAGCGAGGCCAGAUGACUGAUCUGGACAAUGAUGAAGUUCGGUCGACGGUGUCUUCGCACCGUAGCUGGGCAAACGAGGAAGGGGAGGACCUUGGUUCAGAAAGAUCGUUCAGCCGAUCCCAAAAGUCAGACCAGCCUCACACGGCCAGCGGCAAAGGAUCCGAAUCGGGCAAGUCCUUGAAGCUAUCUAGAACAGGGAGCAGGCCCAGCAGACCUUCGACCUUCCAGACGGCGAGCGCUCGAUCCAACCUGGAGUCCUCCAUCCCACGAUCUCAAGCUUAAUUGGCAUUCAUCCACAAACCGUGCUGCUGCAAUCAUCUUCAGACACCAAUUCCAACUACCAGUUUCCAACCAGACUGCCAGGCUGCCAAAGCUUGCCAGCUCCAUCUCUUCUUUUAUUGGAGCAACCGCAACACCAUAAAAGGUCCUCGGUAGGAAGAUCAAGUGACUAAGCUCUGCUCUUUCAGUGCCCUAUGAAUGUCAGAACGUGAAACCGUAAGGUUCCGGGGGAGCACCGAAGGUGAGAAGCUUUUUUCAACUUUCAAAGAGGAGAGAGUAAAGUGGAUCGGAUAGAGUAUAGAGGUGCAAAUCACAGGCAAUUUCAUAUAUUAUAAUACUACAUUAAAGUAUACGGCUAUAGAUAAGUACCGAUUCUUUUCCCGAUUGAUUUUGAGCCGUGAAGGUAAAACUGGAAACCGAAUUCAGAGAGUAAAACAGACUUCUCCUCUAGAGAGAGGGUGGAAGAAGAAUUCUGACGUAUUUGGCCGUCCUCCUUCGGAUAGCUUGUAGCAUUUCUCGCUCGUUUUCAUCGAACCGAGAGCUCAUCAGGCAGUAGCAUCUGAAGAACUCUGCAGCGUAGCUGGUGGCAAUGACGAGGUUUUCGAAUACACAGUACGUUCCGUUUGCCUCAUUCCUCUUAGGACUUACAGGACCUUGCGAGUAGCGGGACAGAGGCUCGUCAUCUGGAAGAUGAUCACGUCGCCCGCAAUGUCUUUGGCUCGAGCAGCUGACGCAUGUUGCAGUCAGACGCACACAUGCGUUCUUACAAGAGUCGGAGACAUUGCUCUGCGUACAGAACUGACUUUUUUGUAUCGUAGCGUUUCGGUAUUGUUGACCGUAAUGGACCGAGAUCCUGGCUGAGCAGCAGCAGCAGCAGCAUGUGAGUGACUCUCAGCCGAGAAAAAGGGAGCGUGCCUUCGAGCUCUCAACGCAUUUUCCACACUCGGUGUCAGUCAUGCUGCUGAUGCUACUUGUCGAAUGCGAGUUGCUCGCUCAAGAAUGUCAUAGGCCUCUUCUGUCCAUCCAUUCCAGUACAUAUUCUGGAAAAGGGGCAGCCUUGGAGCACGGACGAGAUCGUGUCUUCGGUGCAGGGAAUGAACGAGUUGCCGUAUGUGACGGACUCGACAUAUCUGGAUAUGAGUGUCUGCUUUGCUGAAGAACGGAAAGGAAAGGAAAGGAAAAGAGAAGUGAGACCAGACUGCGUAGCAUUCUCUCUCAGGGUCAUGGAGG